AAAGACACUGAGACCGUCAUCCGGUAUGUACGCCCAAGUUAACCACCCCCCCCCAACUCCCAACUCCCCGUCCACCAUCGACAUCGACAUCAACAUCCGACCCAUGCCUACCUAUUCAUCUACCCACCCCCUCUCAACACAUCAUAUCUCACGCUAACCUCACAUCCAUCCAUCACAGCGAGUUCAACGAGCUCGUAAACAUGACCCCCUCCGAGCUCGAGGACUGGCUCCAAACCUCCGCCUCCACCUCCUCGGGCUGGACCAAAGACGACGACUCCAACGAAUCAGUCGGUCACGAAAGCGGCCGGAAGAUUGUGGAUAUCCUGAGAAGAAACCCGGAUAAAGACCCGGAAGGAUUUGAGGAGGGGGAUUUGGUGCAUAUGCGGAAGGUGGUCAGUUACUGCAAGCGACAUCUGGCGCAGGAGGAGGAGAAGGCGAAGCAGGAUACGGAGAGUAGGAGUUAUAGGAGUUUGAAGAAUUGGGGGCAUGAUGCGUUGAAGGAGUGAGGGUGGGUGG